CGCGUGGCGGAAGCGGGGUGAGCGCUUCCGGCCACCUCCGGGCGUCACCAUGACAAUUCCGUGGCACGUGACCCAGAGCCAGCAGCGACCCCCGCGCGCCGCCAGCGCAGGCAUGGACGAUGGCUUCCUUAUGGAGGUGUGCGUGGACUCGGUGGAGUCUGCCGUCAACGCGGAGCGCGGAGGUGCCGGCCGGAUCGAGCUGUGCGCGGGCCUGGUGGAGGGAGGAACCACCCCGAGCAUGGGGCUCCUGCAGGUGGUGAAGCAGUGCGUGCGGGUCCCAGUGUUCGUCAUGAUCCGGCCCCGCGGCGGCGAUUUUCUCUACUCGGACCGAGAGGUGGAGGUGAUGAAGGCUGACAUCCGCCUGGCCAAGCUGCACGGCGCGGAUGGGCUGGUCUUCGGGGCCCUCACUGAGGAUGGACGCAUCGAUACGGAGCUCUGCACGGCGUUGCUGGCUGUUUGCCGUCCCUUGCCAGUCACGUUUCACCGAGCCUUUGACAUGGUGCACGACCCUCAGGUGGCACUGGAGACUCUGAUUUCUCUGGGGUUUGAGCGGGUAUUGACCAGUGGCUGUGAUAGCUCAGCACUGGAAGGAUUAUCCUUGAUUAAGAAACUUGCAGAACAGGCAAAGGGCAGAAUUGUCGUAGUGCCAGGGGGUGGCAUCACAGAGCGCAACCUGCAGAGGAUUCUGGAAGGCUCUUCUGCUUCUGAGUUUCACUGCUCAGCUCGCUCAGCGCGGGACUCAGGGAUGAAGUUCAGAAAUCCAAAUGUUGCCAUGGGAGCGUCGUUCUCUGCCCCUGAGUACUCCAUUAAGGUGGCAGAUGUGGCUAAAGUGAGGACCCUGAAUGCAAUUGCAAAGAACAUUCUGUAGUGGAAAGCGCUGUGCUGGAACAAGAACACCAAGACUCCAGGGUUCUCCCUGCCACAUGGACAGAUGUGUACUGCUUCCAUCCUCAGGCUGUGGAGGAUGCAAAUUAGGUGACAGAGCCUGAUGUUUCUUCCCUUGGUUUCCCCCGAGCAACCAGUCCCUGGCCUGGAAGCUUACAUUGGCCAUUUUAAAUAAAAGGACUCAUUCCUGGAUGUGAUGGCAACAAGCUGCUCGGCAGUAUUUAGGGAGGAAGGGAGCUGAGCAAGUAUGGGAGAAUUAAUUGUGUAGCACUGCAUGUGAUCGUCAAAUAAAUGCUGCAGCUGCUCCCCCUUACUGUU